UUGACCAACCAUCCCAGUCUCCCUUACCUUUCCACGAGCGGCAAACCUCCACUUUGAUCAACCUUGUCUACACCUUAUCUCAAGUCCUCAACCACGAUAUUUUAGAUAUCUGCCAUUAUUCGAAGGUAACGAAUACGCAAUGGGACUUGUUAUAUAUUACUUUGGCAACGGCAUCGUAGGGCUCGAGGCCUAUUUCACACGAACUUCACGGUUGUUAGGGAGUCGCAGAGGUUGCCCUAUAUACUUUCCCCUUAGUUCAAAGGAACGGAUAGAUUUCGUUUGGCGUCGAGUAUAUAAUAAAAGUCCCGUUAACAAGGCACCAGCAUUGAUAAUUCACACAACUCUAGGAAGAACUUGCUCGUUCGGGUCACAUGUGUUGCCGGGACUAGUCCAGGACGACAAAUACGAGUGGAUUCCUUUUGAUAUACGUGGAUACGUUACUGGAUUCUACUUUGAGUGUGACCACUUGGCCUACAACCCACCCGACCCCGGGAUAUAUUGUAUGCAAUAUUCCACGGAACCCCUCAGCAGCAGGCGCGGACGCUGGCUUGUAUUUAUCGUUUGCUCGUCUUAGUGGCCUAAAGGAAGUUCGGCUUUGUCGACUCGGAAGUCGCUGCACUGGUAUCAUAAUACACUACCUUAACUCUCCGCCAGUAGUCCUUGGUCAAUGGCAUACCUCGUGUCUUUC